CCAUCAAGAGUCGAUGAGUUAUUGGUCGCAAACGAUGCCCUUCUGUACAAACCGAAGACACUAAUGCGACACAUGAAUGACAAGUGUUUGGCCGAUGAUUGCCAUCACAUACCGACGGAUAAGACAUCGUUUGUGGAGCACAUGAGAAGUGUCCACAAAAGCACACAUCUCUACGAAUGCCAUUACAGCACAUGUGAUGUCAUAUUCAUGUCUUUCGAUGGUGUGAAGCAACACAUCACUCGAAUUCACUUACGAAAGCGAUUAAAGCCAUUGAAAUGUGAAUUCAUUGGUUGCGGCAAAGUUUUGGGAUGUUUGUCAUCAUUUGCUAAACACCAGAGAGUGCAUGAGGUGUCCAAACUCACUGGAUGUGGUAAAGUGAUGUCUAGUCGAUGUUCAUACACCCAACACCUGUUGACCCACUCUAUCACCAAACCAUUCAAAUGUACUGUUGAUGGAUGUGAUGAGAGGUUCACAAACAAAGCCAAUUUAAACUGUCAUGUGAACAGACAUAAUGGACUCAAACCCUAUGCCUGUACUCAUGAGUCUUGUGGUCAACGGUUUGCGCAAAAAAAGGCCCUCAAAUAUCACGUCCAAGUGGUUCACGCAAAACAUAUGCCAUUUGUUUGCGAUUACAUGGGAUGUCAUAAGAGGUUUGCAUUCAAUUACCUCAUGACUGCUCACAAACAGAUUCACAACUGA